AUGAUCUCCCAUGAGCACCAGCGCACUCUCAACUUCGGACAAAUUCCUGAGGGGGUUGAAGAGGAAAAGCCAGUGGCAGCUGAAAAGGCUGAGACUAAGGGGGAAUUUCAGGGUGAGUGGACUGCUCUAGCCCCCAAGUUUACCGCUAUUCAACCCGAGGUCACAGACGGGUCUGAAGAAGCGCAGGUGCCCUCCGUGCGUGGUCAGUGGUUCCCUACGGAGGACGGGAGCACGCCACCGGCCGCUGAAACCUGGCCACCGAAUGGUCUAAUGAAGCAGCCACCAUAUUGUGAGCUGGCCUAUGGAGAAGCCACAGGGAAUGGAAGGAUGCCUCUGACCAACAGCCAGUGAGAAAAUGAGGGCCCCCAGUCCAACAAUCCAUGGGGAACUGAAUCCUGCCAA